AUGUCUGCGACACAAUUAGCAUAUUCCCUCCGACUUUAUGAGGAAAACUGCAAGGAUCUAUGCACAACUGCUGUGGACUUGAUUCAAAGGGGAUGUUUGAAGGGUGAAGCUCUAACUCUGAUUAGAAACAUUCUUGUCACGAAUGAAAACUAUUUAGACGCCAUUGACCUGUUGAAGAAAACUUAUGCUAAUCCAGAGAAAAUAAUCUCAUCUCUAAUUUGUCAACUAGCAGGCCUGCCUAAACCUUCUGCAGACCUGGAUUCACUACGUGGCUUCUGGACUAAACUUGAACAAUAUGUUAGAGGCAUAGAAAGAAACAAACCUAAUUCGGAUCACUGUACCUGGACGCUUGGACCUCUAGUUUUUCAAAAACUACCUGGCAAGGUGAAAGAACAAAUCCAAAACAAGUGUGGACAGGACUACCCCUCACUCCUAGAUAUUAGAGAGGGGCUAGGAAAGAUAAUCCUGACCUUGUCUUCCUUGGAUUUUGAACCCAGGGAUAAGAACAAGGAUUACUCCCAUAGAAAACCCAAGCCUAACCAAAGUUCCAAUAGACCAGGUAAUCAGACCAAAACUCAGGUUAGUUCUUACACCCCUAAGAAAAACGAAGUUACGAAUCUGAGUAUUUCUGUCACUCCAGAACAGCCUAAUAAGACCGCUAGAACUCAAAGUUGUGUAUUCUGUGAUAGACCAGAACACAAAGCCUACCAGUGUGACAUUUACAAGACCACGCAAGAGCGCAUUUCAAGACUUACCGCAAAAAAUCGUUGCGUGAAAUGCACUUCACCUAACCAUAAGACAACCGAUUGUCUUGUGAAGUUCAACAAAUGUCUGUCAUGUAUAACUGGACUACACCAUUCAGCAUUGUGCCCUGACUCCUCAGCUGAGGUCUCUGCUGUGAACUAUUGUGGAGACAAUGACAGUGACAAAGACUUAAAGUCACAAACAAGUGGAAUUCUCCCUACCGCCUUAAUGAAUGUGGUGUGUCCGCCCUCAGGCAACACCAAGGAACUUAGAUCACUGUUUGAUUCUGGGGCGCAACGCACCUUCAUCACACAAGAGGCAGUGGAAGAGUGUAAACUUGUACGAGACAAUCCUGUCCACCUGAGCAUCAGUGGGUUCUGGGAUACCAAAGAACCUAGAGAAUAUAGUACGGUCACUGUACCUGUCAGGAUCAUCAAAGAACAACUGUCUCUCGGCUUCAUUGAAACAGUGCCAGAAGAAGACCAAAAACGGACAAAUGUCCAUUAUUUACCCCAUUUACCUGUGAUUAAGGAUUCAACUACAACGCCCAUUCGUAUUGUAUUUGAUGCAAGUGCCCGGAUGGACAAGCAGGCCCCUAGCCUGAAUGAUUGCUUUACUCUGGCCCAUCCUUGA